AACACAGCGGUUAAUGAUCCACCAACCAACAGAGAGAGACAGUGGGAGAAGCAGUGUUGGAGCAGGAGACACCUUGAAAAGAAGACGCUAACAACAGAGGAGACCGAAGGAAUAAAGUCGGGGGGAAGAUGGAUCUUUUAUUUUCAUAGCUGUCUCAAGUGAGUUCUUGAGUCUGAACUUUGAGUGAGAGAGCGGGAGCCACAUGGGGUCCAGUCCGAGAUGCCAGCUGCUGGACUAAAGCCCAAGCCGGAGGGCAUGGUGGCUGAAGAAGAGGGCGAUGGAGAGCUGGAAGUAUCCCAGUGGGAGACACCUGUGGUGAAGGAUCGCCGGCUUUUCCCGGCUCUUAAGGUUCCCAAGGAGCUGCUGAGAAGUUUUCCCCACACCAAAAGAGUGGGACCCUACCUGGUGGGCAAAAUGAUCAACAAGGGGUCGUUCGCAAAGGUGAUGGAGGGAUUACACAUUGGUACCGGAGAAAAGGUGGCCAUUAAGGUGAUCGACAAGAAAAAAGCCCGCCAGGACACGUAUGUGCUGAAGAACAUGAAGAGAGAGCCCCGAAUCCACCAGAUGAUCCGACACCCUCACGUGGUCGUCCUGCUUGAGACUCUGGAGACGGAGAACAGCUACUACAUGGCCAUGGAGCUCUGUUCUGGAGGAGACCUGAUGGACCGCAUCUGUGAGAAGAAGAAGCUGGAGGAAAAGGAGGUGCGGCGCUACAGCAGGCAGAUCCUCUCAGCCGUCGAUCAUCUGCACAAACACGGCAUCGUACACAGAGAUUUAAAGAUCGAAAACUUCCUACUGGACGAGCAAAACAACAUCAAGAUUGUAGAUUUCGGACUCAGCAACACGCUAAAGCCCGACUCUUUGUCUCUGGAGCUUCUCACCACCCAGUGUGGAAGUCCAGCCUACGCUGCUCCUGAGCUGCUCGCCCACAAGAAGUACGGCCCCAAAGUUGACGUCUGGUCCAUAGGUGUGAGUAUGUUCGCCAUGUUGACCGGAACUCUGCCUUUCACCGUGGAGCCGUUCAACAUCAAGCAGCUGCAUCAGAAGAUGGUCAACGGAGAGAUCAGCAGCUUCCCCAGCGACGUCAGUAAAGGCGCUGCCACGUUUGUGUUGUCGCUGCUGGAGCCCGACCCGGAGAAGAGGCCCAGCGUGCGAGCCGUGAUGGAGCAGAAGUGGAUCAACGAGGGCUACACCAGACGACCGCUGCACACCGUCUCCCAUAAAAACAGGUUGUGCCCGGAGGAGCUCAAUCCUUCUGUGCUCUCGUACAUGACGGAAACCAUGAGCUACUCGCUCUCUGAAGUCGUGCAGACGCUGACCAGCAACAGACCCUCCGCUAUCAUGGCUGCGUAUCACCUGCUGCUGGCUAAGAUCAAGUGCAGCCAAAAAGCAGUCAAGCCCACGAAAAAGCAGGAGAGCAGUGACUGGAGUCUGCCGAGUAAAAACACGUGGAAGGAAAAAGUCAAUCCCACUGAGACGAGGCAUCGGCACCAGAAUGAGCCGAUGAGCGCGAAGAGACCGGCUCGAGGGAGGGGCCAGAGAGCGAGGGAUCACUCGGGCAGCCGGAGGAGUGAGCAGAAGAAGGAGCCUGUGGAGGACCUUGAGAACCGGCCGCCUUCCCCUCUGUUACCUCAGCUGCAGCACUCCCCCUCGCCCGCUCUCCCCCCUCUCCUCCGCUCACCUUCACCCGCUCCUCUGUUUGAAGUCGAGGAGCUCGCCAAAGACCCUGUGUUUCCCGACGUGUUCGGGGAUCCGGAUCACGUCCGUCUCUCCCCUCCCAAAACCUCCGUGUCACAACUGUGCGACUCAGCUCCGUGCCAAGUCCCGGCCGAGCCGAUCCGGGAGAACAGCUCCGCUCGACCCUCCCGACACACGCACCUGCUCAGGACCACGCAGUCUGACGGCGACGCCGGGCCCGACUGCUUCACAGACAACCAGGAGAGUCAGUCCCGUCAGCUGGGCAUCAGCGAGCGCCUGGAGAAGCUGCAGACCUUCUACUCUUCAGACAGGAGUAACCUCUCUCCCCGGAUGAUCCUGGAGGCGGCUCGGCCCCCCGACAGACACCACCUAAUGGAGAUGAGUCCGCCUUCAGCGCCGCUUCCACGCCUGCGAAACGUUGGGCGUGGCAGGAAGGUGACCUGGGUGGGGCUGGGUCGCCCCGGCCCGCCCGGCCUCCUGGUGAACGGCGCCAAGCCCCCCACCUUCUCCUCGCAGAGACAGCACACUUUGAUCAUGAAGAGCCUGAGGCAGGAGCGAGGAAAGAGGAAGGACUUGGUUGCAGCAGGAGGAGCAAUAAAGAGGAACUCCAUCCAGCUUCAGUCUUCUCUUCAGCCUCGAGUGUCGGACCUGAACCUACCGCUGCUCCCCGCCGCGUUGCAGGGAAAGGCUGAUCGGAAGAUUCAUGGUAUGGACUACUGACCAGCACAAGCACAGAGUUUUGUUUUGCCAAAUCUCACACGGUCAUCCGGGAGAGACUCCUCUGGAUCAAGAGACAGUUGCAGCGUCAUCCAGGCUGGGAGGAGAAAAUGAUCUUGAUCCUCUCAGAAGAGUCAUCUCUUCCCUGUGGUCGUAAUAUAGCUGGUCCUCACUCACCAAAUGUGUCUCUAUGGUGACAG